GCGGGGCGGUAAGAUGGCGUACCAGACGUUCCGGCAGGAGUACCUGCAGGUGCCGCCGGUGACGCGGGCCUACACCACGGCCUGCGUCCUCACCACCGCCGCCGUGCAAUUAGAACUCAUCACACCCUUCCAGCUGUAUUUCAACCCUGAAUUAAUAUUUAAGCACUUUCAAGUCUGGCGGUUAAUCACAAACUACUUAUUCUUUGGACCAGUUGGCUUCAAUUUUUUAUUUAACAUGAUCUUUUUGUACCGGUACUGCCGGAUGCUCGAGGAGGGCUCCUUCCGGGGCAGGACGGCAGAUUUUGUGUUUAUGUUCCUUUUUGGAGGACUUCUCAUGACUCUCUUUGGCCUGUUUGUCAACCUGGUGUUCCUGGGCCAGGCCUUCACCAUCAUGCUGGUUUAUGUCUGGAGCCGCAGGAAUCCCUACGUCAGGAUGAACUUCUUUGGGCUCCUCAUCUUCCAAGCCCCAUUCCUACCCUGGGUAUUGAUGGGCUUUUCACUGCUUUUGGGGAACUCCAUCAUCGUGGAUCUCCUGGGCAUUGCUGUUGGGCAUAUAUAUUUUUUCUUGGAGGAUGUCUUUCCUAACCAGCCUGGUGGUGGAAGGCUCCUGAGAACACCCUCUGUCCUGAAAGCAAUAUUUGACACACCAGAUGAGGAUCCAAAUUACAAUCCCUUGCCAGAAGAAAGACCAGGAGGGUUUGCCUGGGGAGAAGGUCAACGCCUUGGAGGCUAAUGAGUGUCUGUGCCUAAAUCCAGCAACCACUGGGAGAGACUGACCUGAAUAAAGUUCCACAACUGGGGACUCUCUCAUUCCCCAUGGCAGAAAGGACACUUUUUAUUUUUGGAUGGCUCUAUCAUUUUGAAUACAAGCACUUUAUGAAAUGGCCAUCUAAUCCAAGACACUUCCAGGUUACCAGUGUCUUUCCCAAGCUGGGAACUGAUUGUGCUGGUGAUGAAAAAUACUAAUCCAGUGGAGCCAAAAACCAUAAAACUGGAAACCAUUUCCUGUCAACUUGGGUUAACAGGGCCAUGAAUACUUGUUUAAAAGUGAUUUCUAAAGCUUUUUUUUUUUCAAGUUAUUUGAUACAGGAAACUAUAUGGGAAACUUUACAGGGCAAAACCCCAACUUUUUGGGUUUUAACUCAUUUUUUAUUCUUGGAUCAAACAGCUACAAGAUGGUGGAAAGUCUUAAGUCCCUAUUUCAAUGGUGAAAGGAUUUUUUUAAUCUGAGAUGUUCCUGUCUCCAGUCUUGUUUGAACUGUAAGAAGUGCAGCAUAAUGCAGACUGGGUUUCUGGAAUGUGCCUCUGUGUGAAUGUCUUUGCAGGCUGAGACUACAUUUUGAUGGGUUUUUUUCCCCCAAAAAAAACCUGUGUGUGCAGAUGAGCAGGUUUGGAUCUGACUGGUGUGUUCAAAUAGGUACUUGUACAAAACCCACCCCCACACGUGCCCACUUCCAGCAGCCAUUUAAUGAGCACUAGGGAGGAAAACCCACCUGGAGUCAGAACAGCUCAAAGAUCUCAGCUGAGGAGUUGAAUAAAAUGUCUUGUGGAUCCUUUUAUUGUUAA